CUCUAUAUUUUCAGUGUCUAUAGUGUUUCUAAAGCAAACACUGACCUAUUUCUUCUACUGCCUUCUAGGGUUUUCCAUUUCGCGACCUUUCUCGAGAAAAUAUGAGUCGGCAUCCUGAGGUGAAGUGGGCCCAAAGAGCUGACAAGGUUUUUAUUACAGUGCUAUUGCCAGAUGCAAAAAAUGCAAAGGUCAAUCUUGAGCCAGAUGGGGAUUUUACAUUCUCUGCUAGUGCUGGAGCAGAAAACCAUCUUUAUGAGCUGAAGUUGGAUCUUUUUGAUAAGGUUAAUGUAGAGGAAAGCAAAAUUAAUAUAGGAGUUCGGAGUAUAUUCUGUGUUGUGGAGAAGGCGGAGAAAGGCUGGUGGAAGAAGCUUUUGCGAGGAGAUGAGAAGGCACCACAUUACUUGAAAGUAGAUUGGGACAAAUGGGUUGAUGAAGAUGAGGAUACUGGUCUUGGGGACUUGGAUUUGGGAGGAAUGGAUUUCUCGAAAUUUGCAGGUAUGGAAGGCAUGGGUGGUGAUGCUAUGGGUGAUGAUCUUGAUGAUACUGAUGAUGAAGAAGAAGUUUCAAAGCCAGCAGAAGAAAACUCUGAGAAUCCAGAUGAACAUGGAGUAAAAUCAGAGGCUACACCAAGCAUAUGAUUUAUCAUGCAGUUGACCUUUCGCUUUGUACUGUGGGGUAGAUCAAUGCUUGCAUUUUUCCUAACCCAGAGGACCUCAGUGUCUCCCACUCUUUCCUGCCCUCUAUACAGGAAGAAGAAAACAGAAAACAUUCUAUGUUUUAACUUUAGGAUGAUGUAUUUUUAGUUCAGGGUUUCAUGGGAUGAUAAUGCCAGGUGGGGCAUAUGGAUGUCAGUGUGUUAUCAAAAUUUUUUACCCACAUGCAUGAGCUUGCUGCUUCUUGUUUGCGGUUUCUAUA